AUGAUAGAGGAGAUAUUUCUAAUUGGAGAUGGAGAUAGAGUUCUAUAUGGGGAUCCAAGCAAGUACUGGAGGGGGGCCCUGUAUCCAGCAGACAGUGCUGGAGGAUACCGACUGCUGCAGAUGGCGGUGAAUGAUGUCAGGAUAGGUGUUCUGUAUAGUCUUAUGAGCGACCUUUCUGUACUGGGGUAUAUGGAGAGGCUGAAGAAGAAGCUUGAAAGGAAGAUGGGAGAGGUCAGCAAGAAGAGUGUUCUAGAGAACUAUUUUGGAUUGCUCAGGGUUGUGAACAGGCAGGAAAGCACUGUGGCACUUGAGAGCAAGAAGAGCAUUAUUCCAUCCAUAGUCAGCAACAAUGUGUAUCUUGAUGUGUGCGAGGCCCUUAGUGCUAUCAUCGAUGGAGAAAGGGUUGUUCUGAACAGAACCGACGGGAGAUGCCAUCUAAAUGCAUCGUUUGGGGAGGAGAAAAUGGUAAGGUUCAGCAUCAGCAAGAUGAGGACAUCUGGAGUUGUCUACAAGAACGAUUUGCAGGUUUCAGAGGGACUUUCUGAAGCAAGGGUGGACGUAAAGGUCCAUGGAUGCAGGACGGAGACAGUCCGGUACUGGAUCUCCAGCCUAGAGGAGCCCCUUGUGAUGAUUUGCAGGGCUGGUGGAGGGUAUGUGGUGAGCUGCCCAAGUCCAACGAGAUUUGACUGGCUUGAGAUAUGCUUCCCGAUUCCAAAGAUGGCAUCCAAGGUUGUAAAGAGCCACCGUCUGGGAAGAAGUGCUUACGACCCGGAGGACAAUCUGCUGAGAUGGACCUUUACGAAGGAGGUUGUAAAGAGAGAGAGGAUCGACUAUCGGGUGGAGGAGUUUGAAAAGUCGGAGGACUUGAGGCCCAUAGUUGUCAACUUCCACAUCAAGGAAUGGGGGGAUCCAAAGAUAAGGAUAGAGAAGGCCGAGUGCAUUGGAAGCCCGGGGGUGUGUUUCUGGGUCAGAUACAGCAUGUCAAGUGGAAGAUACGAGAUUCGGAGAUAG